AUGGUGAAAUCGACAAGUAAGGAUGCUCAGGAUCUAUUUCACUCUCUUCGUUCCGCUUAUUCCGCUACCCCGACUAAUCUGAAGAUCAUCGACUUGUACGUCGUUUUCGCUGUCUUCACCGCUCUGAUUCAGGUGGUUUAUAUGGCUCUGGUGGGAUCGUUUCCUUUUAACUCAUUCCUAUCUGGAGUUCUCUCUUGUGUCGGGACAGCAGUUCUUGCAGUUUGCCUCCGGAUUCAAGUGAACAAAGAAAACAAGGAAUUCAAGGAUUUGGCACCAGAGCGAGCAUUUGCUGAUUUUGUCCUCUGCAACCUGGUCCUCCACUUGGUGAUCAUCAAUUUCCUCGGAUAG